AUGUGUGUGGCGGGGGAGGGUGUUUGUGGAACGCGGGAAGCGCAGGUGGAGUGCGAACGUGUGUGUGCCCGGCACAACGGGCGGUUGCAGGUGGGUGCGGACGGUGCGGCAUCGUGCAGUUGCGCUGAGGGCUUCGAGGCGGACGCAUUCGCACAGACGUGUGUAGACGUGGACGAGUGUGCGCGCGGACUCGACCACUGUCCUCGCGCCUCCUCCGUCUGUCGCAACACGGCUGGCGGUUAUUACUGCGAGUGUGGUGCGGGUUUUAUUCCGACGUUUGACGGUCGUGGUUGCGAACGGUUGAACCCCUGCCUCGCUGAACCACCGCCCUGUGGUGCGGGCAACUGUUGUCGUCCCCAAGAUGGCAACUAUACCUGCGCCGCCCCCGCCACUGCCAAUCUCCAAGUCGCUGGUUCGAAUCCUGCCGAUGACCAACACGUCUGUCCCGAAGAUUACCUCUACCAAAACGCACGAAAGUUCGCGACCACCAACGGUCUAGCCACCAACGGUCUAGCCACCAACGGUUAUGGAGGAUGGGGGCACGGUCCGCUAGCACGCGCCAAAUUGCUGCACGGCGCCGCAGCGGCCGGACCCAAUGGAGGGCUCCUGACACCUCAAUUCUGGCUAGACCUUGUCAGUUUGCAGCACGAAAACCUCAUGAACGUUUUGGGCCCACUCUUUGACUCUAGCAUUGCCCCCGCCAUUGCGACUCUCAUUGCUUCCAAGGCACUCCAACCGCCGCCCCCACGCACGCCCACUGACCCGCGCCCACGUCGCGCGACGCCAUCGCGACUCGAACCGCCGUCCGUGGGAUCCGGAGUCACCGUCGAAACCGCAGCCACGGGCGCUUCCAACAGCGGCGGUUCCAGUGGCGGCCCGAACGGUUCACGCCAGGAGAAGCGCGUGCGUCACAAAAAGGAAGACGAACUUGAAGAGCUUGUCCAGCAGCUUUUCUUCGAUGACUCGCUCCUCGCCCAUUCCUUCGCAAAUCUGCUUGAGGCCAACAGUCCCCUUCCCGAACCUACUGCCGGUGGACUUGGACCCGAAGUCGGUUCCAACACUUUCUCAGGACCCAUUUCCAACGUGCCCACUGGUGGGCGAGAGUCGUUGCGGGGCGGCGGAAGCGACUCGCGUCGGCGGAGCGACUCGAACCGUCGUCCGCCGGUUCCCGAGCACGGCGGCACCGGCAGGCGCGAGAAAACAGCGCAACUGCCCAGUGAGAUACUCGCCCUGCUCCGCGAACAGGAACAAUACUCCUCUCUCGGCUUCGCCGUGCAGGAGUACCCAGGCCUGGCCGCGACCGAGUUCGGUGGCUACCCCGCUGCGGAAUUUGGUACCGAUGCGGAGUUCCACAUCUUCGCCUGA